AUGAUGGGGGACGAUGAUCGUAAACUGAACGAGCAACAGAUGCAGCUUGUUAAGGGGUUGCUGGAGUCGCAACGCAGGGACAGUAUUGUCGAUGUAUCUGACGCUGUGAACUCCACCUUCUUUAAGGAAGAGGUCGACUGCCCCACAGCUUCGACUGGAGGGGUUUUCCUCACCAGCGCUGCAGGUGCAAAAAGUGGUAACUUGACGGAGCGAUUGCUUUUCCAUGAGGCUGCGAGUCCGGUAGAAUGUUCCAUAGGGGGAGAGCAAACAGGAACUGUGGCAUCACCAAGGGAUCGGUGGAUACGCGGGGUACUCAUCACCUCAAGUACGCCGUUGAUGCCGAAGGAAUCGGUGUUCGUAGACGAGAGGAGUAACAGCCGCAUGUUAUUUGAGAAUACGCCGUUGGCACAGUUGAAGCUGCGUGUGGUUCCCGUGUCACUUCCCACAUUUGUUCCCAACUCUGAUAGGAACCUGACGGCUGCGGGUGGGGGUCGCAACCUUCGAGAAAUAUUGGAGGAAUAUGAGCGAACAUUCCUGCGCAGCUUACUGGUAUGCAUCAGUUCGCUGCUGCGUCGACGAGUCGCUCUUGAAAGGGCUGAAAAAUCUGUUGCCGGCUCUGAGGGUGACAACAACGGGAGUGAUUGCAACACUGUGACAAGUCCCUUGAGGGAAGAGGAGUUUUUUUUCGAUGGGGAGCUUCCGGUACUUUCGGUCCCGAUCUAUUACUUUGCUAUAUCCAUGGAAGAUAACGCCACAUCGCGGAUAGCCGACGUUGUUGACGUUGUGGAGGAUUUUAUGCAUCUUCUUAUCGAUGCUGCGACGUCGGUUGUAAUGGAGACGACGGUUAUUCUCCAGUGUCUCGUUCAUAUUGCCAACACUGUUGGCGCGAACGGGUCCCAACUAUCAGAAAAUGUUUCUGAGCCCAACGACGCGGCUGCCAAGGAGGCGCUGGUUGCACUUCACAGGCUCACCGAAGUGAUGGUGAAGAAAACAAGAGAGAAGCAAGAACCUAGAGGAGCUGUCAAAACUGCGGCUGCCCGCAACGAUGAUUGUACUGAGGCAGCUGAACAGAUUAGUAGCAAUGUUGCGUGGCCUGCUCGCGGCGACGGCUUUCAACCACUCGUACUUUUGCUAGGCAACGAUUUGGAACCAAGUGAUUUUCUGCGAGCAACCCUUUGUGUGCUCCCAGGUGUAUUGGUACAUUGCUUAAAGGGCGUUUCACGUAGUCCGAGCAUAAUUAUGGCGUAUUACAUACGGAGAUGUGCGGGGCGGAUUCGCACACCUUUGCAGCAGGUGGUUGAAGGUGAAAGAGGUUCCCUACAUUCAGAUGAUCCUACAAACAAUGCAGCUCCUUCUGGCGACGAAUCAGGCAAUGGUGACAUGCAUGUGUUCUCCUUCUCGAGUUUGCUGCAAUGUCUACAGAGGGCACGGCCCGUUGUGAAUCCACAGGUAUGCUUCCUCGCUGAGUUGCGUUCCAUGUGGAUGCGAAUAACCCGGGAGCGACUAAAUUAUGGAGAGCGUAAUAGUUGA